GUUUUAUUUUCCGAUCAAAGCCCGGGUCGUGAGUCAUUAUCGUCACCUCGGCGUUUAUUGGUUUAGCACCGAUUGGGUUAGAGUGGAGGGGCUGCACUAUCACCAUAACUCGGUACUGUUGGAGCUCCAGAAUGAAACGAGAUUCAUCACAGAUUGUCGAGAUGCAAGACCCGGGAAGUUUCGACUGGAGAAGUUGAUUUUGCAGAUAGAAAGAGUGAGUGGUCACGUUGGUCGCCCAACGAGACCAACUCGGACAUAGACAAAAGUCACAUAAGGUCUACAUGCUGCAUCCUUUGCGGGGCCAUUCUAUUAGCCCCCUUUCAUACUAUAUGCAGGAUGACGAGUCGAAUGCGGGGAAAGAGAGCAGUUUCUGCGACAUCUUUCUCCAGAUAUCGCAAGUCAAGGGGUGUUGAGCCCUCCACACCAGCAGCAUGAUCGGAGUUGCCCUCAUCACCGGUGCUGCCUCCGGAAUCGGGCAAGCCACGGCUGAGACCUUCGUGAAAGAAGGAUGCACCAAGCUUGCGCUUGCCGACAUCGACGAGGGGGGGUUGCAAACUGUUGCAGACAAAUUGCAUGCAAUCAACCCCGACGUCCAGGUGGUCACCGUCAAAGUCGACGUUUCCUCCGAGUCUGACGUCCAGUAUAUGGUGUCCACUGCCGUUGCGAAGUUCGGUGCCAUUCAUUAUGCUGUCAACAAUGCCGGGAUUAGUAGCAAGCCCCGUGAGAAGACACACGAACUGGCCACCCACGCGUGGGAUCAGGUCAUAGUUGUGAAUUUGCGGGGAGUGUGGCUUUGCGAGAGGGCAGAGAUACAGCAGAUGCUGCGCCAGAAGACUACCAUUGUCCCUAGAACCGGAGCGCCUCCCCAACGAGGAUCCAUCGUCAAUGUGUCAUCCAUAUUCGGGGUGCUGUCGCACCCCACCGUUGGAGGGUAUGCUGCAGCCAAGGCGGGUGUUCUGGGGAUCUCUCGAACGGAUGCCGUCGCUUACGGUGCGGAGGGUAUUCGCGUGAACAGUGUGCUACCGGGGUUUAUCAAGACACCACUCUUAGAAGAGGCUAUCCGUCAAGGAUCCAACUACGACGACCUCAUCAAAACAGUCCCUGUUCGGCGAUGGGGCACGUCACAGGAGGUUUCGGAGGUGAUUGCCUUCCUGGCUGGUGAAAAGGCCAGCUUCAUCAAUGGGUCGGAGGUGCUGGUUGAUGGAGGAUAUAGCAAGAUUUGAUCAUGUUUUGUUAUCUUUUUCCUACUUUGCUGGGAAUAGAC